UCAGGGGCUGUGGGGAGGAGGCUGAUUUUGGAGCGAGGGGGAGGAGAAAGGGGAACGGCUGACACAAGCUCAACACCAUUGGGAAAACAGCCGGAGUAAGGGAGCAGCUGUGACUAAGCACGGAGCAAUCUGACGUCCGAGCCAAGACUGCGGACAGGCAGCGGAACGCGCCCCGCCACACGGAGACAGCGAUUUAAAACCCCCGGACAUCGGCCCACGACCCACAGCCAUGCCAAAAUCAGCAGGCGAUGCAAAGCCCGAAGAUGUCUCGACAGCGAUUCUACAACAGAAACACCGCCCCAACCGGCUCAUUGUGGAUGAGGCCAUCAAUGACGACAACAGCAUUGUUUCACUCUCUCAGGUCAAGAUGGACGAGCUGCAGCUUUUCCGUGGUGAUACCGUCCUGCUGAAGGGGAAGAAGCGGAGGGAGACGGUUUGCAUUGUCCUGUCAGAUGACACCUGCAGCGAGGAGCGGAUCCGAAUUAGCAGGGUGACACGGAACAACCUACGGGUGCGACUCGGAGAUGUUGUGAGUAUCCAGGCGUGCCCAGACGUGAAAUAUGGAAAGCGGAUUCACGUGCUGCCCAUUGAUGACACCAUUGAAGGGCUGACAGGAAAUUUGUUUGAAGUCUAUCUGAAGCCCUACUUCCUGGAGGCUUAUCGGCCUGUGCACAAAGGAGACAUCUUCUUGGUCCGUGGAGGGAUGCGAGCUGUGGAAUUCAAGGUGGUGGAGACUGACCCUGCACCUCAUUGCAUUGUGGCUCCAGACACCAUCCUGCACUGCGAAGGCGAGCCAAUUAAACGAGAGGAUGAGGAGGAGAACCUGAAUGACGUUGGAUAUGACGACAUAGGAGGCUGCCGCAAACAGCUGGCUCAGAUCAAGGAGAUGGUCGAGCUGCCCCUUCGGCAUCCAGCCCUCUUCAAGGCUAUCGGGGUCAAGCCACCAAGGGGAAUCCUGCUCUAUGGCCCUCCAGGAACUGGAAAGACGCUUGUUGCUCGAGCUGUAGCCAACGAAACUGGAGCUUUCUUCUUCCUCAUCAAUGGUCCAGAGAUCAUGAGCAAGCUGGCGGGGGAGUCCGAGAGUAACCUGAGGAAGGCCUUUGAGGAAGCCGAGAAGAACGCACCGGCUAUCAUCUUCAUCGAUGAACUGGACGCUAUUGCUCCGAAGAGAGAGAAGACCCAUGGGGAGGUGGAACGUCGGAUUGUCUCCCAGCUCCUGACCCUGAUGGACGGACUGAAGCAACGAACUCACGUCAUCAUUAUUGCUGCCACGAACCGGCCAAACAGUAUUGACCCAGCACUCCGGAGAUUCGGUCGCUUCGAUCGCGAGAUCGACAUUGGAAUCCCAGAUUCCAUCGGCAGGCUUGAGAUCCUACAGAUUCACACCAAGAACAUGAAGCUGGCGGAUGACGUGGACCUUGAGAAGAUCGCGCACGACACCCACGGGCACGUGGGCGCGGACUUGGCCGCACUCUGCUCCGAGGCCGCUCUGCAGGCCAUCCGGAAGAAGAUGAGCAUCAUUGACCUGGAGGACGAGACGAUUGACGCAGAUGUCCUGAACUCGAUGGCAGUGACGAUGGACGACUUCCAGUGGGCACUGGGCCAGAGUAACCCCUCAGCACUGCGGGAGACAGUGGUGGAGGUGCCGACGGUCACCUGGGACGACAUUGGAGGCUUGGAUGAGGUGAAGCGGGAGCUCCAGGAGCUUGUGCAGUACCCAGUGGAGUACCCAGACAAGUUCCUGAAGUUUGGCAUGACGCCAUCCCGUGGUGUUUUAUUCUACGGUCCUCCCGGCUGUGGAAAGACCCUCCUGGCAAAAGCCAUUGCCUCUGAAUGUCAGGCUAACUUCGUCUCCAUCAAAGGACCAGAGCUGCUCACCAUGUGGUUUGGAGAGUCAGAAGCCAAUGUACGGGAUGUCUUUGACAAGGCUCGACAGGCCGCCCCCUGCAUCUUAUUUUUCGAUGAGCUGGACUCCAUCGCCAAGUCUCGCGGCGGGAGUGCAGGGGAUGGCGGUGGGGCGGCAGACAGGGUAAUCAACCAAAUCCUCACUGAAAUGGACGGCAUGUCCAACAAGAAGAACGUCUUCAUCAUCGGAGCCACGAACAGACCUGACAUCAUUGAUCCAGCCAUCCUGAGACCCGGGCGACUGGAUCAGCUAAUUUAUAUCCCACUGCCCGAUGAGAAGUCGCGGAUGGCCAUCUUGAAAGCCAACCUGAGAAGGUCUCCGAUUGCAAAGGGUGUUGACUUGGGCUACCUGGCCAAGAUAACCCAUGGCUUCUCGGGAGCCGACCUGACCGAGAUCUGCCAGAGGGCAUGCAAGCUGGCAAUCCGCGAGGCCAUCGAGGCUGAGAUCCGGCGGGAGCAGGAGCAUCGGCACAAUCCUGACACGGCCAUGGAGGACGACUAUGACCCCGUUCCUGAAAUCCGCUCCGAUCACUUCGAGGAGGCCAUGAGGUUCGGCCGCCGUUCAGUCAGCGACAACGACAUCAGGAAGUACGAGAUGUUUGCCCAGACGUUGCAGCAGAGCAGGGGCUUUGGGAACUUCAGGUUUCCAUCCGGUAGCCAGUCCAGUGGUCAGGGAAGCGACAGAGGGAGUGGAGGGAACCUGUACCGUGAGGAUGGAGACGAUGACCUUUACAACUGAGGAAGCCGCCAAAGGUCAAGGUUGCACGGGUCGUGAUUCGGAACGGGCUGCCACCCAAACCCUCCCCAGUGCAUUGCCAAGGACGUAAAUACCAACAUAAACUUUGGAGGAAAGUGGGACAUUAUCCACUAGGGUUUGGGCCUGGAAUGUUGCUUCAUCUUGGGAUGUCUGACGUCAUAUCCCAUCGGCUGUGUUCAAUUAAUGGUGGAUGUGAUUUAAUCGAUCAGCAGUUUGUACAGCUCUCAACCCAGGAUUGUGCAGGUCCUGUGUGUGUGUCUGUGUGUAUCCCCAUCUGGCUCAACCCCAGCCUCUACAUAAUAUAUAUAUAUAUA